GCUCGGAUUAUUCAAUCAUGUAAUGUGUUCCACUCAAACCCCAAUUAUACCCCAGUAGGACCCACCAAUAAUUGGUAUGAAUGUUCAUACGGAAGCUUUGCCAAACCUUAGAAAAAGUGGAGUUGGGGGGUGUGUGCGAAGUGUGAAGUGAGGCAAAUGUUGCAGAGUGGGAAGGACUGUGUUUUCUUACCAUCUCAGGAAUCAAAGAAUUUCUUGGUAGGAGAGGAAGGUGAAAGUGUUUCUGGGUUUUCCUUGGAUUUUCUUCUUCUAUUAGAAAAAAGGGUGCUUGACAUAUCUCGUGAAAAAUGUGGAACAGUAAAUUCAAGUGGCUUGAACGGCAAAGCUUGAUUCAUGUUGUGAGAUAUGUUAGUCCACUUGGAUAUGUGUUAGCUAGAGGAGUAAGCCUCUGGGAAGCAGUAGGAAAUUGGACAUGAGUAUGCUGGCGGGGACAUGCUUGAGCCAAGAGAAACUCAUCUACCUGCCCUUUUGCUGGUCUUGGUUGUGUUACCCCUGGUAAUUUACAUUUUUCUAGGAAAAUGGAGUGAGGAAACAAAGAAGAAAGAGAGGAUAAUUUUUCUUGCUCAAUCAGCUGCUCGAGAAGCUCUUAGAGCAGAAGCCAUGGGUGCUGCUACUGUUAUCCCUCUCGUACAUGCUUCAAAGAAUGGAAUUCACGAGUGUGCCAGAUGCUCUGGUCCAGCUACUACACGCUGUUCGCGAUGCAAGGCUGUCCGCUACUGUUCUGGGGAGUGUCAGAUAAUUCAUUGGAGGCAAGGUCACAAGCAUGAGUGUCAGCAACUGGAAACCAACAGCCGUAUCUCAUCUCCUGUGGCUGCUUAUACCUCAAUUGAUACCAUUGGAGUCCCCAUAAUGGAGAGAAGAUCUAUAGAAAAGAGAGUUUCUAGUAAAUCUAAGUUAAGAAAAGAGGAUGGAGCUGUAUUAGAUUCUAUAGAAGGAGCCUCCAGGAAAGAGUUUAAAAAUUUUGAUUCUGUGCUCUCGGAAGAAGAAAUUCCCAGAAAGAACAAUGUCAACAUCUCUGGUGGAUUUAUUAAUGGUCAUCCUAGUUCAAGAAGCACAAUGCAUGAAAGUCAUGAUUUACAAAGUCAACAUGUACUUGAUUCAAGAACUAAUUUUGGCAUCUCAGACUCGUUAAGUUCAACAAAGCCCGAGACAAUUGUGUGUGACGUUGAAAGAGACUUCAUGUUAGGUAAAGAAAGCUUUCUUAGGGAGGGAAUUAAUUCUAAUAAUGAAACAGUAGAGUCGAACCACUCUUCUGAAACGACCUCAAUGAAGAGAAGCAUUAAAGCUAAACGUGUAUCACAUCCUCCUGGAACAAAAAUGCAUAAAUCACAGAAAUCAACGAUGAAGAUGUCAAGAGAGCAACCGUGUUCAGAAAUGGAAAAGAAGGAACAAAUUGCGAAUGAGUCAAGUUGUUGUGAUGCAGAAGUUGCUGGAAUAAGGGAUACCAUUCCUCAACAAGGAAGCAAUAAGGAUGCAAGCAUGGGACUCCUGAAGAUGAUUGGUCUGAGGAAGUCAUUGAAGCUUGGUAGACAGGAAAAUUCAGAAGUUGGUGAAAGGCAUAAGAAAUUAAAGAUGCUAUUCCCUUAUGAAGAAUUUGUGAAGCUUUUUCAAUAUAAAGUGUAUGACUUAUCUCCUAGAGGUCUUAUGAAUUGUGGGAAUAGUUGUUAUGCCAAUUCUGUAUUACAGUGCUUGACCUGCACAAGACCUCUGACAAUCUAUUUGCUCCAGAGAUCACAUUCUAGAGCCUGUUGCGUGAAAGAUUGGUGCCUUAUGUGUGAACUCGAGCAACACGUAAUGAUGUUAAGAGAAUGUGGGGGCCCUUUGUCUCUCGACAGAAUUCUCUCACAUAUUCGAAGUAUUAAUCGCCAUAUUGGCGAUGGAAGCCAGGAAGAUGCACAUGAAUUUUUAAGGCUUCUAGUUACCUCAAUGCAAUCUAUAUGUUUGGGUGGAGAGAAUGUGGUUGACCCCAGAUUGCAUGAAACAACCUUUAUACAACAUACUUUUGGGGGCCGUCUAAAAUCAAAGGUUAAAUGUUUGACAUGUCACCAUGAAUCAGAACGAUAUGAAAACAUUAUGGAUCUUACACUGGAAAUAUUUGGUUGGGUUGAGUCAUUGGAAGAUGCACUUACUCAGUUUACAACCCCGGAAGAUUUGGAUGGUGAAAACAUGUAUCGCUGCAGGAGGUGUGCUGCAUAUGUUCGAGCACAGAAACAGUUGAGCAUAUAUGAGGCACCAAAUAUUUUGACAAUCGUUCUGAAGAGAUUUCAGGAGGGAAGUUAUGGAAAGAUAAAUAAGUGCAUUACUUUUCCUGACAUGCUGGAUAUGGUCCCAUUUAUGUCCGGGACAGAUGAUAUUCCUCCGCUUUACAUGCUUUAUGCUGUUGUUGUGCAUUUGGAUACACUGAACGCGUCUUUUUCUGGGCAUUACAUAUCAUAUGUGAAAGAUCUGCAAGGCAAUUGGUUCAGGAUAGACGACACUGAGGUCCAGCCAGUGCUAAUGAGGCAGGUGAUGUCAGAAGGAGCAUAUAUCUUAUUUUACAUGAGGUCAUCCCCCCGUCCUGCAAGAUCUUGUUCUGGUAAAGUUACCCAGCAUGAAGCUCAGAGGCCUUCAAGACCUGGACAAAGCAAAUCCAGUGGCCACUUCGUCGGCAGCUCAGAACUUUCAUCAAAUCACACUUAUAAUGGGGUGCUUAAAAGUGUGAAUAGAGAUAGACCGCCAGAGUUUUCAGACGCUACGUCAAGUGAUUGGUCCUCCAUUUUUACAAGCUCAGAUGAAGCAUCUUUUACCACCGAGAGUACUAGAGACUCUUUUAGCACCAUAGAUUAUGCUGAUUCAAUGGAAGCUUUCCUUUUUGACAGUAACUAUGGCGUCAAUGUAAAGUAAGGGAGUAACCAGAAAGAUGGUUACUUGUAGAACUUUUGGUCAUUGUAUACAAUAGUUUUUGUUUGUUUGUUUUUU